UGCAAGAGUGGGGUGACUCCCCGAGCGAUAGGAACUUGGGAUGUUUUGUGCAAGGCGAGCUGUUCGAAUAUUUGGUCGCAGAGGGCGUUCUGUGGCUUUGCGAUCAACUAUUUGUGAGUUACAUUCACAGGUACAGCGAAGAACAGUGUUAGUUUGGUCCACGAGAGAUGUGCCACGCUUCAGACACGUGCUCUCCACAAGUCUACCAAAAUGUGGCUUUCGCUGGUUCAGCUCAGAGGGUCUACCCCCUCACACAAAAGUAAAACUACCAGCUUUGUCACCAACAAUGGAAAUGGGAACCAUUGUAAGCUGGGACAAGCAGGAAGGUGAUGAACUUGGUGAAGGAGAUCUGCUAGCACAGAUCGAAACAGACAAGGCCACAAUGGAAUUUGAAACCCCUGAGGAAGGCUUCCUUGCCAAGAUUUUAAUUCCUGCUGGUUCCAAAGAUGUUCCUAUUGGUAAACUUUUGUGUAUUAUUGUUGAAAAGAAAGAAGAUGUUGCAGCAUUUGAGUCUUUUGUGCCUGAAGAGACAGCUGCACCACCUGCAGAGAAGCCUGCAGAACCAGCAGCUGCUGCUGCUCCUCCCCUUCAGGGCUUACAAGAGAUAAACGCUGAUGUAACUACUUUAGCCCACAAAGCCAGAGAUAACAAACUUCAACCUCACGAGUUCCAGGGAGGCACAAUUACAGUAUCUAAUCUUGGGAUGUACGGUGUUAAGAACUUUUCCGCCAUUAUCAACCCCCCUCAGGCCUGCAUUUUAGCUGUUGGAAAGGCAGAAAAACAGGUCGUUGUGGACGAAAAUAGCGAAAAGGGAUACACAACCGGAACAAUGAUGUCUGUCACUUUGAGCUGCGAUCACCGAGUUGUUGAUGGCGCUGUUGGAGCGCAAUGGCUGUCAGCUUUUAAAAGCUAUUUAGAGAAACCUCUUACAAUGUUGUUGUGAAGGGAAAGCCAAUUUAAAUCAUGGAACAGCACUCACGGGGAAGCCAGGCCUGGCGAAUUUACUUCUGAAACACAGUAAAAAUACCUUAUUCCAAGAGAUACUGAGUUACAAUUUUAUGACUGAUUGACACGGAAGGAGUCGAGACGGUUUUGAAACGGUUUGCAGUGACUAUAAGUUGGUUACUUGGUAUUAUAUGGAUAUAAUUUGAGUGGUCAGUGUGUGCUGGCGGAAAACUUAACUUAGAUUUUCAAUAUUCGUUCUUUCUGAGAAGGGGUUUGCAUGGCGAAACCAAACAACGGCUGCGAAUGAUGCAUGCGAUUGACACUAUUUCUCAACAAUUCGUUUCUUGAUAACUUCGAUUGGGUUUCUUCCCUUGUGGGUAAUGCAUGCUAUUUAUUUCUUAGCAUAUUGUUAAGGAAGUAAUUCUUAAAUAAUUGGCAAAGAUAAAAUUUGGUGAUCUUCUCUCUCAUGUAUUUUCUGAUAGCUGUGAAGAGGGGAACUCUAUCUCUUGACUUAACGACCGCAAGUUGAUUUUUAUUGGAGUCGAACGAAUUGGAAAAUUGGGUCACACCCAGGUUUUUGGUUAGUUUGUUUGUUUGUUCUUUUUAUUUCGCACGAUCUAUAUUUCAAAAAAAAUAAGAAAAAUUAUUAUCCUUCUAAUUGUGUCAAUAAACUGUUCAUUUAACAUUUUUCAGCA